UUUAAAUAAACACCUACAUUACUUAAUUUUUUUUUAAAAAAACUACAUCUGAUAUUUUUGUGAAACAUUACAGAAAGGUCCCAGUGGUAAUUCCAAAUCCUAAUGAUCCUCUCUCUCAAGAAGCGACAUUGGCGUUGUACGAAAAUCUACAAAUUUGGGAGUGGGGGAUAUAGAACCCUCCGUCGUCAUUUGACGACAAAGCAUCUGGUAGAAUGUGGCACUGCCACUAUCCAAACCCAACUAAACUUCCCUUCCGGUGGCUCAGGUUCGUCUCACUCAGGUGCGCCUCUUUUUAAAAUUGAUACUAAAAAUGUUUCUAAUUCUUUUUUUAAAUUUGAUACUAAAAAUGUUUCUAAUUUUUUGAGUAGAUGGGCUGCAAUGAGCAUUUUCCUUUUAAUGUUUAUGAUGACAAAGGAUAUGAGGGGAAAUCAAAGGUUAGAGAUGGCUGCGUAUGCUUCGGUGGCUUCGCUUAUAAAUACCACGGAGCAGAUCAUGGAUCAUCCUCAACUUGCGACCUCAUUCGACCCCAAGCAGAUGGAAUCGCUUCGUGAAAUAGUUGAUUUCCUGCUUGAUUUCAUGGAGAGUUGCACUUCCCACGGAAGCAGCGAAGCAGCACGAGAUUUGGAGAGCCAAAUUGCAUCCGCAGCUCAUGCUGCUGAAGAUGUGAUUGAAUCUCAUGUUGUUGAUCAGAUUCACGUCGGAUCCAACCAAACUAGUUCGGAUUCGCUACUGAAUCUGCAUAAAGUGAUAGAUGAGAUGGAUUAUGUGAAGUUAAAGGUUCAAAAGGAGUGAAGAAUUUUGAGGAAUGUGCAACCAACAUACCCUAAAUGAUACGGGUAUAUCUUCAGAAAUAUCUCUCAUAUCUCUAUUAUUAUAUUAUCAUAUCUUUUCCAUAUCGUUAUUAUCUUGUUCACCAAGUUAGGUUAUUCAUAUGA